AUGUACUUUCACCAAAAGAAUAAUGCAGUCUUGCUCUCUCUCUCUCUCUCUCUCUCUCUCUCUCUCUCUAUCUAUCUAUCUAUCUAUCUCUAUCUCUCACUACAUACCACUCAAUGUGUUAUCUAUCUGAUUCGAUUUAUCGCUAUCACUGUAAAUUUCCUUCUCUCUACCCCCCUUUCUAUCUAUCUAUCUAUCUAUCUAUCUAUCUAUCAUUGUAAAUUUCUAUUUAUCUACCUAUCUAUCUAUCUAAUCGAUUUAUCUCUAUCACUGUUAGUCUAUGUACGUGCGUAUCUAUCUAUCUAUCUAUCUAUCUAUCUAUCUAUCUAUCUAUCUAUCUAUCUAUCUCAGUCUGUUCCUUCCUAUCUAUCUAUCUAUCUAUCUAUCUAUCUAUCUAUCUAUCUAUCUAUCUAUCUAUCUCAGUCCGUUCCUAUUUAUCUAUCUACCUAUCUAUUUAUCUGUCUGUUUCUAUCUAUCUAUCUAUCUAUCUAUCUAUCUAUCUAUCUACCUCCUUAUUUAUAA